AUGAUCAAGACUGAAAGAGGCCCUAAGAUGAUCCACAUGAGCAACUACAGCUUUGCUUACUAUCUGUUUGGCCGCCGAUCACGGGAACCGCGAUGUUUUCAAUCCCUGUGGGUCGAUGCUCUCCGCUUCAUGAUCAGUUUUCCGUUUCUGUAUCGUGUUCGUUCGACGGUACCAUUUAGCUUUCCCCGAGAACCCUGUCUGCGAUUGCAAUGGGUCAACGCGGUCGGGAGGCAGGACUGGACGCCAACAAAGAACAGCGCUGUCUGUUCGGCACAUUUUCGAAACGUGGACUUCGACAGAACAUCGCUGUCAAGAGUCCGCUUGAGAGAAGGUGCUGUUCCGGUCACACACCCCUCGGUCCGAGCUCAGCAGGUAAAUCCGCAGGUGGUGGUGCUGCCAAUAAGCGUCCCUGGACUGGGAGGGCAACAGCUCUCAUUUCCACAGGUGGUGGGGCUGCCGGGCAUUCCAGGGCUGGGAGAGCAGCAACUCUCAACUGAUGUAUGUGGAACUCUGGGUGCGCCUAUUGCCCCUGUUGUAGGUGUCGCACAUCCGUUGCUUCACAUCCAGCAGGAGGUAGUCCCGUCCAGCAGAGCUUCAAGUGAACAUAUUUCUCCUGCUGUAGGUGUCACGCAUUCCCCUGUUGACAUUCAGCAGAUGGUGGGCCCAUCAAGCAUCCUAGGGACAGGAGGACAAGAUCUCUCGGCUGAUGCGUGUGGAACUAUGGGGGCACUUGUGGACCCCACUGCACAGGGCACAUCAUGUUGUCCCCUUGAUCCACAGCUCAGUGGAGUGAGCACCGGACUUGGCCUCGGUAGCACUUCAGUGUCCAGUGAAUGGCCUGACACAACAGCACCAAGCUUAUUCAAUGAAGGUGAAGCUAGUCCCGAGAGAGAAGGGCAAAUGUUGUCUACAGAGUCCCCUAUGGGGACAUCCACGUGCCGCUUCACCCAUUCGACUCCAAGCACCAGCAGACAUGACCCUGUGGUAAGGAUAGUACUCUGAGCUGCUAAGGAUUGCAUGUUUACAACUAACAGACUUUGUGCAAUGGACACAGUGCCAGAUGGGAGCCAUUUAGGUAUCAGAUAGGAAAUCAGUAAGCUGGUCCAUAAUGACACACAGAGGCUGGGGGAAUAAGAGGCAGAAAACAGCACACGGGGUGUGUGUUGUCUAUCCUUUGUACAGCCCAGCCUCGAUGUUUUGUUAUGCACAACAGUGGGGUGCAGUUGUGUGAGUCCCCAAAUCAUUCAUCUCUCGCGCAGG